AUGGACAAACCACGAAAAACGCCUGAUGACUACCAGACUCUUUUUGACAAACUAGAUAUAGAGCAAAAAGGUCAAAUCACCUUUCUGGAGUUCAAAAAUGCUGUUAGGACAUUAAAUCACCCUGUUGGUCGCAAUGCCGAUCUCCUUGAACAAGUCUUUCGUUCAUUCGACUCCAAUCAGGACAACAUCAUCGACUUCAAUGACUUCAAACUAUACUUAACGACUACUGAUGACCAAAUAUUGAAAGGAUUUAACAAGAUCGACCUGGACAGCGAUGGAAAGUUGACGCGAGCAGACUUCAUCAAUUAUUUGAAGAAGACACUAAAUCUCAGCCCGACUGACCAUCUCAUCGAUGAAGUUUUCAACAAAAUUGACCACAACUGCCAUGGUUAUAUCACCUACGAUGAAUUUCGAGACUUUCUUUUAUUAAUGCCUCGUUUACACGGUUCCAGAAUCAAGACAGCCUAUACCUAUUUGGCCGAGGAGCUUGACUUGUCCGCAGACGGUGAUGUGACAUUGAUCAACUCGUUCCUCAGCGGGUUUGGCUUCUUCUUGGCUGGAGGUCUUGCAGGAGUUGUAUCCAGAACAUGUACCGCUCCAUUCGAUAGAAUCAAGGUGUUUCUCAUCGCCAGAACGGAUCUUUCAUCCACUAUAAUGCAUAACAAAAAAGAGCUCGCCAAGCAAGUGGAAUCAGGUGCUUCCACGCAAGCCAUUGAAAAGGCUAGACACAAGCUUCUCCAAUCAGAACGUGAAGCUCGUAUAAGUCAGGCUGAAAAGCCACAUCACAAAACGAUCAGAUCACCAAUGAUACAAGCAAUCAGGACACUUUGGAAGCAAGGUGGAUUCCGGGCAUUUUAUGUCGGUAACGGCUUAAAUGUGAUGAAAGUGUUUCCUGAAUCUGCUAUGAAAUUCGGAUCAUUCGAAGCUGCUAAACGUAUAUUCGCAAGAGUGGAAGGCGUUGAUGAUACCUCGAAGUUGUCGAAGAUUUCGACCUACUUGGCAGGAGGCAUGGGAGGAGUGGCUGCUCAAUUCACCGUUUAUCCUAUCGAUACUCUAAAAUUUCGUGUUCAGUGUUCCAAUCUUGAAUCACUGGUGAAGGGCAACCAGCUCCUUAUCUUGCAAGCCAAACAAAUGUAUAAAGAAGGAGGGCUCAGGAUCUUUUAUAGAGGCAUUUUUGUGGGUUUGAGUGGUAUGUUCCCUUACGCAGCUCUCGAUUUGGGAACAUUUUCGACAAUCAAGACUUUACUCGUGAAGAGAGAAGCCAAAAAGCUUGGUGUUCCCGAAGAUGAUGUUCGUUUACCAAAUUACAUGGUGCUUUCCUUGGGAGCCAUUUCCGGUACUUUUGGAGCGACCGUGGUCUAUCCUAUCAACUUGUUGAGAACUAGAUUGCAAGCGCAAGGCACUUAUGCUCACCCGCACAGAUACAAAGGCUUCAAAGACGUUUUCCAGAAGACGGUGGCUAGAGAAGGAGUGCCUGGACUCUUCAAAGGUCUCGUACCUAAUCUUGCCAAAGUUGCUCCUGCUGUUUCGAUCAGUUACUUCAUGUAUGAGAAUUUGAAGAACUUGAUGCAUCUCGACAACAAGCUCGACUAA